AUGACCAGAGCUGCCGCAUCCAAAAUUCCCGCCCUGUCUGUCGCUACCUCGGGCCCACUGCCGCCCGCAUUAAGGGCGCGCGGGCGAAGUGGAAGCAUUGUGAAGGUCGAGCAGGUCGGCCCUAGCUCCCAGGAAGAGGUGCUCGACCAGAGUGCCUAUGCUAACGUCAACGCGGAAUGGGUUAAUAGAAAGGGUGCAUGGCUCAUUCACCCGGUGCUGAUAGUCGCAGGAAAGAUCCUCAUCGACACGCUGCCUGGAAUGAACCAGCAAGUCAGCUGGACACUAACAAAUCUCCUUUACAUCAUUCUCUCCUACUUCAUCUUCCACUGGCAGACAGGCAUCCCCUUCGACAACGAGCUGCACGGAGGAGCGUAUGAUGAUCUAACGUUAUGGGAGCAGAUAGACGAAGGUGCGCAGUACACUCCAGCAAAGAAGUGGCUCAUUACCGUUCCCAUCGUAUUAUUCCUCCUCUCCACGCAUUUCACACAAUACAACCCCUGGGUCUUCGCGAUCAACCUCACGGCCCUCAUACUAGGCUUAGUACCCAAGCUCCCUCAGGCCCAUCGGCAGCGCGUGCGUUUCAUGUCUGACGAAGCCUCUGGCGUCUCAACUCCUGUGACCCCGGGCUUCCCAUCCGGCUCCGGUACUCCGACUCCCAACGGAACCGCCUCGUCCCCACCCGUCCCCCAUCUCACAGAUUCAUAUUUCCAGUAA